CAGAGAGGCAGAACCAAGGACCCCAGAGCUCUGUAUCCAUUCGGCAGGGGUCCAUCCCCUUUGCUGCCCAAGAGCAGGCUCUGGUCUGACCCUGGCCGGGUCCCACGGGCCAAGGGCCCACCCAGCUGGCGUCAGAGCGCAAUGGUUGAGCGGUUGAAGGCAGGAACCACAGGUGAAAGACAAGGGCCUGGCUGAGAGCGGGGGUGGGGCGGGCGGAGUGGGCUGGGCCGUCCCGGCUUCCUCCCAGGGCAGCCAGGCGAGCUCAGAAUUCAGUCCCAGCUGUGUGUGGCCGCGUGUGGCCGCGUGAACACCAUGAGGCGAGGAGGACGCAGCCGGCGGGGCAGGGACGGGCCAGCCCCGACGUCCUGCGUCCAGGCCCAGUGCUUUGACCCGCUGACCCGCCACUGCGUGGCCUGCUACCUCCUCCACAUGCAGGAGUCCCGGCCGGUCUCACCUCCCUCCGACCUUCACCGGCCCCGGUCGUCCCUCCCCUCAGUCCCAUGCCCUCCCUCCCCGUCCCCUCCGCCAGCAGCGGGGGCCAGCAGCUUGGCGCCGGGCACAGCGCUGCAGCCGCAGGAGUCCGUGGGCACGGGGAUCCCCGAUGGGGCACUGCCACUGCCUGGGCUGCUCUUCGGCGCCCCUGUGCUGCUGGGCCUGGCGCUGGCGCUGGCGCUGGCGCUGCUGGCUCUGGUGAGCUGGAAGCGGCGGCGGCGGUGGCCAGGGGUGCCCUCCCCUGAGGCCCGGGACGGAGACCAGGAAGAGUCCCUGGAUGAUGUCAUUGUCUUCUCCCCGGGAUGCCCGGAUGCCACAGCUCCCAACUCACCCCCACCGGGAGAAGAAGCAGGCACCGCCCCACCCAGCCACAGCAUCCCUGUGCCGGCCACAGAGCUGGGCUCCACUGAGCUGGUGACCACCAAGACGGCCGGCCCUGAGCAACAGUAGCACCGGGGGGCCGGAGGGGGCCCUGCCCUCCUUGUGGGCCAGCGCAGGCUCCCCUAGAAGUGGAAUUCAGCCCUUCACCCCAGCCGCUGCCUGCGUGUGUCCCGGGAGCCACCCUGCAGGGCAGGCAGUGCCGGGCGGGCACAGGGGCUUCUGCCGGGAGCCCACUCCUCGCUUGCCGUUCUCUCUGAGCUCCUGCGUGUCUGAGUGGCGGGGCCGUUCUGAGUAAGAGGCUUUUCUUUUAGAGUCUGGAAGGCACCAUUAAGCAAAAUUGAACGUGAAAAAAAGAGCAAGUGGGAGGAAGCCUGACUCGUCGCUGGGCGUUGUGUUUCUCUAAUACUUGCUCUCGGAGCUGUAGCAGCUGACGCGAGUGGCAGCAAUGAGUAACCAGCUGACGGCUUUGCGCCGGGAGUGAGUGCGAGAUUAUGUUAAGAAAAGACUC